AUAUACACCACGCCACACCACACCACACCUGCUUUAAUUGUAAAAAUAGGGGGGAAAAUUGAAGAUAUUUUACCCUGGAAGAUUGGAUUGUUUGAUUAUGAAGCUGCAGUAAAGUAGGGCGGUUCCGUUCUGCUGAUUGUGUCUUAUAUUUGUCACGCAGGCGCUGGGCAGAGUCAGAGAAGAAAGGAAACGCUUAUCUGUUUGUUGAGUGUGAGAGGCGCGGGAGGGGGCGAGCGUUUAAGAGUUUGCAGGGACGAUGAUGGCCGCCUCGGCGUCUCUAAUGGGAAGCGUUCCCCAAGUAUGUUGUUAUUCAGCGACGGCAGGAGGUAUCGGAGACGAAGGUUGUUCCAGAAGUCGGUUGAAUUUGAUAAUACCGCCUCCUCGGCCAUCGCCCAGUUGCCCGCCUUUCCCCAAAAUUGGUGCCAACAUCCCAUCCCGUUCAUUGCUAUUUUCUCCACCCAGGUGGUCAAGUAGAGGAUUUGGUAGAUCAGCAUCUUCUAGGAAAAAAUACAAUUUGUGGAAUUCGUUUACUUCCAAGUUUGAUGAACGGUUGGCUCGAGCAACUUUGGUAGAAAAGCGUAAAUCCUUCUGUUGUUUACGUCUCCACCCCAGAGGACGGACUGGUAGCAACAUAUUUACAUCAAGAGUCUUUCCAGAUAAAUCUGCUUUCCAUUUGUCCAGGCAUAGCCUUGAAAAUAGCUUGGUAAAGCAAGUUUAUGUUCCUCGUGCAGCCGUGGGUCCAGAUGAGCCUCAUGCAGCCAGUACGGCCUGGCCAGAGGGCAUUUUGGAUAAACAAAGUUCUCAUUCAUUGGAUCUGGAAAUAGAAAGAACAGAAUUGGAAAGUUUUUUAAGUACCGAACUUCCAUCUCAUCCGAAGUUGUAUAGAGGGCAGUUAAGGAAUGGACUUCGCUAUCUUAUUUUACCAAACAAAGUUCCACCAAACAGGUUUGAAGCACACAUGGAACUUCAUGUGGGAUCUAUUGAUGAGGAAGAUGAUGAACAAGGCAUUGCACAUAUGAUUGAACAUGUUGCUUUCCUUGGAAGUAAGAAGCGUGAAAAACUGCUUGGUACUGGGGCCCGUUCAAAUGCUUACACAGAUUUCCAUCAUACUGUGUUUCACAUUCAUUCACCAACUUGUACAAAGGACUCUGAAGGUGAUCUACUUCCAUCUGUUCUUGAUGCAUUGAAUGAGAUAGCUUUUCAUCCAAAAUUCCUUACUUCUCGAGUGGAGAAAGAAAGAAGAGCAAUAUUAUCAGAACUACAAAUGAUGAAUACGAUAGAGUACCGUGUCGACUGCCAGUUGCUACAACAUUUGCAUUCUGAGAACAAACUGAGUAAGAGAUUCCCAAUUGGAUUGGAAGAGCAAAUUAAGAAGUGGGAUGCAGACAAAAUUAGAAAAUUCCACGAGCGUUGGUACUUUCCAGCAAAUGCUACUUUAUAUAUUGUCGGUGACAUAGACAACAUUCCAAAGACAGUUUACCAUAUUGAAGCUGUUUUUGGACAAACUGGCAUGGAAAAUGAGACAGCAGCAACACCGAACCCUAGUGCAUUUGGUGCAAUGGCUAAUUUCUUGGUUCCUAAGCUUGCAGUUGGCCUGGCUGGAAAUUUAUCACAAGAUAGGUCUGCUGUUUCCACUGAGCGGUCACAAAUUUUAAAAAAGGAAAGGCAUGCAACUCGUCCUCCUGUUAAGCAUAAUUGGUCCAUUUCUGGAAACAAUGAGAAUACAAAGCCUCCACAGAUAUUUCAGCAUGAACUACUGCAAAAUUUCUCCAUCAAUAUGUUCUGCAAGAUUCCUGUUAAUAAGGUCUGCACAUAUGGUGACUUACGCAAUGUCCUGAUGAAGAGAAUAUUUCUUUCUGCUUUGCAUUUCCGUAUAAAUACCAGAUACAAGAGUUCAAAUCCUCCAUUCACCUCAAUUGAAUUGGAUCAUAGUGAUUCUGGACGAGAAGGCUGCACUGUGACUACUCUUACAGUUAAUGCCGAACCGAAUAAUUGGCAAAGUGCAAUAAAAGUUGCCGUUCAGGAGGUUCGGAGGCUGAAGGAGUUUGGAGUCACCAAAGGUGAAUUAGCUCGUUAUAUGGAUGCGCUACUGAAAGAUAGUGAACAGUUGGCUGCAAUGAUUGAUAGUGUCCCUUCAGUGGAUAAUUUGGACUUCAUUAUGGAGAGUGAUGCCCUUGGCCAUACAGUCAUGGAUCAAAGACAAGGACAUGAGAGUUUGGUUGCUGUUGCUGGAACAGUAACUCUUGAAGAAGUUAAUUCAGUUGGUGCUGAGGUUUUAGAAUUCAUCUCUGACUUUGGAAACCCAUCUGCGCCACUUCCUGCAGCAAUUGUUGCAUGUGUUCCAAAGAAAUUUCAUGUUGAUAGAAUAGGUGAAACUGACUUCAGGAUAACACCUGAUGAAAUCACCACUGCUAUUUGUGCGGGAUUGGAGGAACCUGUAGAACCUGAGCCAGAGCUUGAGGUGCCAAAAGAAUUGAUAUCUUCAUCACAACUUCAGGAAUUACUGUUGCAACAUAGACCAUCUUUUAUUCCCACAAGUCCAGAAGUAAAUGAUGCUAAAGUUUAUGAUAAGGAAACAGCGAUUACUCAGCUGCGACUUUCAAAUGGUAUUCCUGUUAAUUACAAGAUCUCUAGGAAUGAGGCAAGGGGAGGUGUAAUGCGACUUAUAGUUGGUGGUGGCCGAGCAGCUGAAAUGCCUGACUCAAGGGGUGCCGUUGUGUUGGGUGUUCGAACUCUAAGUGAGGGUGGUCGUGUAGGCAACUUUUCAAGGGAGCAGGUAGAACUUUUUUGUGUCAAUCACCUCAUUAAUUGCUCGCUGGAGUCCACUGAAGAAUUUAUUUGUAUGGAGUUCCGUUUUACAUUAAGGGACAAUGGAAUGCGCGCAGCAUUCCAGUUACUUCAUAUGGUACUUGAGCAUAGCGUCUGGCUUGAUGAUGCAUUUGAUCGAGCUAGACAGUUAUAUUUGUCAUAUUAUCGGUCUAUUCCUAAGAGCUUGGAACGCUCAACUGCUCACAAGCUGAUGCUAGCCAUGUUAAAUGGAGAUGAGCGUUUCGUUGAGCCCACACCACAAUCAUUAGAAAACUUAACAUUGGAAUCAGUAAGAGAUGCAGUGAUGAAUCAGUUUGUUGGUGAUAACAUGGAAGUAAGCAUUGUUGGGGACUUCUCAGAGGAGGACAUUGAAUCUUGUAUUCUUGAUUACCUGGGCACUGUUAGUGCAAGAAGAGGUUUUGAUACAACCCGUGGAUUUAACCCAAUCAGGUUCCAGCCAUAUCCAUCUGUUCUGCAGUCUCAACAAGUAUUUCUGAAAGACACUGAUGAAAGAGCAUGCGCAUAUAUUGCUGGCCCUGCUCCGAACCGCUGGGGUUUUACUGCUGACGGAGAAGACCUUUUUGAGACUGUCAGAAACAUAUCAGCUAAUUAUGAUGAACAAUUGCUAGAUGAAUCACCUUUGGAUAGAAAUGAGGAACAAAAAAGCCUGCAAGGCAGAUUCCAUAGUCAUCCAUUAUUCUUUGCAAUUACAAUGGGUUUGUUGGCUGAGAUAAUAAAUUCAAGGCUUUUUACGACAGUCCGGGAUUCUCUUGGAUUGACAUAUGAUGUAUCAUUUGAAUUAAAUUUGUUUGAUCGGCUAAAUCUUGGGUGGUACGUUAUUUCAGUAACAUCAACACCAGGCAAGGUGUAUAAAGCUGUUGAUGCUUGCAAGAAUGUUCUCAGAGGGCUGCAUACUAACAAGAUUGUUCAAAGAGAGUUGGACAGGGCUAAAAGGACCCUGCUGAUGAGGCACGAGGCUGAAACCAAGUCUAAUGCAUAUUGGCUAGGAUUGUUAGCUCACUUGCAAGCUGCUUCUGUUCCAAGGAAGGAUAUUUCAUGCAUUAAAGAUCUGACUUCGCUGUAUGAAGCUGCCAGUAUUGCAGACAUUUACCUUGCAUAUGAACAAUUGAAGAUAGACGAAAAUUCCUUGUACUCUUGCAUUGGAGUUGCAGGGACUCAGGCUGGGGAAGAAAUUUCCGGUUCCUUGGAAGAGGAUGAAUCAACUGAAGGCCUUAAUGGUGUUAUUCCUUUGGGGCGUGGUUUAUCGACAAUGACAAGGCCAACUACAUAAAUGACCCAGCUAAAAAUUUCAGUUUUGUCCUUGAAAAGAUGCCGGCCAUUAUGUGGUGUCCUCUUGCUCCAUAGACUUUGUGCUUCCGAAUUUGAUUCUUGUUAGAGAUCGCCUUGCAGCUAAUAUUGAGCAACCAAAGGAAGAUCAAUUGCUUAUUUGCUGUGUAUAUUCAGUUUGUUAGGAUGAUCAAUUGCUCGGCGCCGGAUGCAAAUUAAUUGAAAGCCUCAUCCGAAUUCUAUUUACUUGGUAGUAUAUUGCAGCUUUCUUCUGCUUAUGAUCAAAUGUGAAGAAACUUCAAGUAGAGAAGGCAGUGAGGAAGGAAGCAUUUGUUGUAGCUUGAAAGCAAGGUGGUUAUUGCCACCAGUUGAUCACAACUGAUAUUUACCGCAACCAUUCUGUGUAGCCUUUAUGCAUAAACCAUAUUGACGGGCAAGCAGUUCAAAAUAUGACCUAGUUUCUAGUUAGAUGGCUUCGGGAAUAAAUGAUGAAUCAAACACGUGUUGUAUCAUCAUUAUCAUCUAUUCAUUAUAUUAUUAUUCGUACA